AUGGCGCGCUGCGAGCGGCUGCGCGGCGCGGCCCUGCGCGACGUGUUGGGCCGGGCGCAGGGGGUCCUGUUCGACUGCGACGGGGUGCUGUGGAACGGCGAGAGCGCCGUGCCGGGCGCCCCGGAGCUGCUGGAGCGGCUAGCGCGGGCCGGGAAGGCGGCGCUUUUCGUGAGCAACACCAGCCGGCGCGCGCGCCCCGAGCUGGCCCUGCGUUUCGCGCGCCUGGGCUUCGGGGGGCUGCGCCCCGAGCAGCUCUUCAGCUCCGCGCUGUGCGCCGCGCGCCUGCUGAGCCAGCGCCUGCCCGGGCCGCCCGAGGCGCCGGGCGCCGUGUUCGUGCUGGGCGGCGAGGGGCUGCGCGCCGAGGUGCGCGCCGCGGGGCUGCGCCUGGCGGGGGACCCCGGCGAGGACCCGCGCGUGCGCGCCGUGCUCGUGGGCUACGACGAGCACUUCUCCUUCGCCAGGCUGAGCGAGGCGUGCGCGCACCUGCGCGACCCCGACUGCCUUCUCGUGGCCACCGACCGCGACCCCUGGCACCCGCUCAGUGACGGCAGCCGAACCCCGGGCACCGGGAGCCUGGCUGCUGCAGUGGAGACAGCUUCGGGGCGCCAAGCCCUGGUGGUGGGGAAGCCCAGCCCCUACAUGUUCGAGUGCAUCGCGGAGCACUUCAGCGUGGACCCCGCGCGCAUGCUCAUGGUGGGCGACCGCCUGGAGACCGACAUCCUCUUCGGCCACCGCUGCGGCAUGACCACCGUGCUGACGCUCACGGGGGUCUCCCGCCUGGAGGAAGCCCAGGCCUACCUGGCGGCCGGCCAGCACGACCUGGUGCCCCACUACUACGUGGAGAGCAUCGCGGACCUGAUGGAGGGGUUGGAGGACUGAGCCCCCUGCCCUGCCGCAGCAGCCCCGGCCCCCCCCCUCCCCCCCAAGGCCUCCGGUCCCCGGCUAGAGGUUUGGAGCUGGAGCUGCAUCCUGUUCCACUAGCCCCACCUGCACCCUGGAGGGGGGGGGUCAUCCCUCCUCCCAGCAGUGCUAGACACUCUGGUGUCCCAGACGCCACCCCUCCCUCGCCGGUUAACCUUGUCACCUUCCCUGCCGCCAACAGAUGACGCCCCCCCACCCUGAGCACUUGAACUCCCUCCCCAUGGCUCUCUGCCUCAGUCCUGGCCCUUGGGUUCCCUCGCCCAGUCAGAAGCCUCGGUAACCAUAAAGCGUUCUUUCUUGAGCCCUGAGUGAGCCAACCAGAA